GCCUGGGCAGGACACGCGCGCCUCGCGUGGGCGCGUGGGGGGCUCGGUAAAGUCUGUUUUUCAACAAUGUCGAAGUCAAACAAUUGCUUUUUUUCCAUGGAUAAUUUGUUUUUCAGUAGCCCAGAUGAAACUGAAAACUUUCCAGUUAAGGAAAAAUCACUGGAUUGGUUUCUCCCUCCAGCUCCACUGAUUCCAGAAAUUCCAGAUAUUCAAGAAUUAGAGGAAGAAAUUGAAAGUUAUAAGCUAUUAGGAAAAGGAAAGAUGCCAAAAAUGUUAACAUCAAACUUGAAAAUUAUUAAUGAAGACAAAAACUGUAUUUCACCAACACAAAAAUUCCAUUUUCCCUAUAAUGUACAUGAACAGGAUUACCUAAAUUUAGGAGGAUCAAGUAACAAUGACAUGUCACAUAUAGCCGGCAAGCUGGUGUAUGGUUCUCAGAGAUAUAAAAAUCACAUGAAUGAUGAGAGUCCACCUGUAAAGGACAGUCCUGAAGAUACAAAAUUACAUAACGCUGCAGAAGACAGAGAGGACACAUCAGCACUCAACAAAAGAUUAUCUAGACCAUGUGACAAUGUACAUGAAUGUGACUAUGCUAAUGGAAGUUUAAACUUGAAUUCUCAUAUUGGCCCAGUGAAACUUACCCAAACAAAAAUAAGCAAAGAGAAAUCAUGGAACUGUAGCAAUAGUAAGCAGAAACUUCAAUAUUCUACAAACAAAUUCAAAGCAAAUGAUACCUUUCCUGUUUCUGGAACUGGAAAAGACAUAUUCAAAGCACCAUCAUUUUCUGCUGCAUCUCAGCCUCAUGACAUUCAAGGCAUAACCCCAAAUGACUUAGGUUCCUUGAAGGCUGUCACAGAAAUUCCUGCAAAAUUUAGAGGUAUAUUCAAAGAAUUCCCUUACUUCAACUAUGUCCAGUCCAAAGCCUUUGAUGAUCUUCUUUACACAGAUAGAAAUUUUGUGAUUUGUGCCCCCACUGGUUCUGGGAAAACUGUAGUGUUUGAGCUAGCAAUAACAAGAUUAUUAAUGGAAGUACCAUUGCCAUGGCUGAACAUGAAAAUUGUUUACAUGGCACCAAUAAAAGCCCUUUGUAGUCAGCGGUUUGAUGACUGGAAAGAAAAAUUUGGACCAAUGGGCUUGAAUUGUAAAGAACUUACUGGAGACACAGUAACGGAUGACCUGUUUGAGAUUCAGCAUGCCAAUAUAAUUAUGACAACUCCAGAGAAGUGGGACAGUAUGACUAGGAAGUGGAGAGACAACUCUUUGAUCCAGCUGGUGCGACUGUUUCUCAUUGAUGAGGUGCACGUUAUUAAAGAUGAAAACCGUGGUCCAACUCUUGAGGUCGUAGUAAGCAGAAUGAAAACUGUGCAGUCUUCAUCCAGGGCCUUAGAAAACACCAGCCCUGCUCCAGUGAGAUUUGUAGCUGUAUCGGCAACAAUUCCCAACGCUGAGGAUAUUGCAGAUUGGCUUUCAGAUGGUGAAAGACCUGCCAUAUGUCUGAAAAUGGAUGAGAGCCAUAGACCUGUGAAACUUCAGAAAGUGGUCCUGGGUUUUCCCUGGAGUAGUAACCAAACUGAAUUUAAGUUUGAUUUGGCCCUCAACUAUAAAGUGUACAGUGUUAUACGGACAUACUCCGAUCAGAAGCCCACACUUGUGUUUUGUGCAACAAGAAAAGGUGUGCAGCAGGCUGCUUCUGUUCUUGUGAAGGAUGCUAAGUUUGUCAUCACCGUGGAGCAGAAACUACGGUUGCAGAAGGCUGCAUAUUCUAUAAGGGAUUCAAAGCUAAAAGAUUCCUUGGUAUAUGGUGUUGGCUACCAUCAUGCUGGAAUGGAGCUGUCAGAUAGAAAACUGGUUGAAGGGUUGUUUACUUCUGGAGAUCUACCAGUUCUUUUUACUACCAGUACUCUAGCUAUGGGGGUGAACUUGCCGGCUCACCUGGUCAUUAUAAAGUCUACCAUGCACUACACUGGAGGCGUGUUUGAGGAGUACAGCGAGACCGACAUCCUGCAGAUGGUUGGGAGAGCUGGCAGACCCCAGUUUGACACCACAGCUACUGCAGUUAUUAUGACUCGAUUAAGUACAAGAGAGAAGUACGUUCAGAUGAUAACUUGUAACGACACUGUAGAAAGCAGUUUGCACAGACAUCUCAUUGAACAUUUAAAUGCAGAGAUAGUGCUGCACACCAUCACAGACGUGAACAUUGCUCUGGACUGGAUCCGAUCAACACUGCUGUACAUCAGAGCUCUGAAAAACCCAGCUCACUAUGGUUUUGUGUCUGGAUUGAACAAAGAUGGAAUUGAAGCAAAAUUACAAGAAUUAUGUUUGAAGAAUCUUAAAGAUUUAUCAUCACUAGACCUGAUAAAGAUGGAUGAAGACAUUAAUUUUAAACCAACAGAGGCAGGAAGAUUAAUGGCGUGGUAUUAUAUUACAUUUGAGACAGUGAAGAAGUUUUGUGCAAUCAAUGGAAAAGAAACUAUAUCAGAUUUAAUUUCAAUGAUAUCCAGCUGCGAUGAGUUUCUAGAUGUGCAGCUGAGGAUAAGCGAAAAGAGAACACUGAACACUUUAAACAAAGACCCAAACCGGAUAACUAUCAGAUUUCCAAUGGAAGGGAGAAUUAAAACAAGAGAAAUGAAAGUAAACUGUCUUAUUCAGGCUCAGCUAGGAUGCAUUCCUAUACAAGACUUUGCUUUGACACAAGAUACCUCGAAGAUUUUCAGAAACGGCUCACGAAUUGCAAGAUGGUUGUCAGAUUUUGUGGCUGCUCAGAAAAAGAAGUUUGCUGUGCUUUUAAACAGUGUGAUUUUAGCUAAAUGUUUUAAGUGUAAACUCUGGGAAAACUCUCAACAUGUAUCUAAACAGCUGGAUAAAAUUGGCAUAUCAUUGUCAAAUACCAUGGUAAAUGCAGGGUUGACUUCUUUUAAAAAAAUAGAAGAAGCAAAUGCAAGAGAACUUGAACUGAUUUUAAAUAGGCACCCGCCAUUUGGGACCCAGAUAAAAGAAGCUGUGACGUAUCUGCCAAAGUAUGAGCUUGAGGUAGAGCAGAUUGCAAGAUACAGUGAUACCAAGGCAGAGAUACUGGUGACCAUUAUAUUAAGAAACUUUGAGCAGCUGCAGACUAAAAGAACAGCACCAGACUUUCACUAUGCCUCCUUAAUCAUAGGCGAUGCAGAUAACCAGGUCAUUUUUAAGCACAAAAUUAUGGAUUCUGUCUUGUUAAAAAGUGGCAAUUGGGUUAAAAAAAUUGAUGUGAAGAGAGCUCUUAAAUCAGAAGAUCUCAGCAUAAAUCUAAUUAGUUCUGAUUAUGUUGGUCUUGAUAUUCACCAGAAAUUUACAGUCUUUUAUUUAGGACCCAGGAAGUUUUUAAAUCAAACAGUUAUGAAAAGAAACUCAGAAUCAGGUAUUUCUCAUUCUGAAUACUCAGAUAGAGCUACUGCAGCAGGAUCCAGUAAAGGAAUGACUACCUGCAAAAAACCUGGGAACCGAGAAUGCCAUCAUCACUGUAAAAAUAAACAUGCUUGUGGACAUGACUGCUGUAAAAUUGGAGUUGCACAAAAGACAGAAGUUAAAGAGUCAGCAGUGUCUUCAUAUCUGUCUGACUUAAAAAGCAGAGAUGCUGUUUCUUCUCUUCCUCCAGCUAAGCGACUCAAGAUACAGAUGAACAAAUCUCAAAAUGUGGACCUUAAAGAGUUUGGUUUUACUCCAAGGCCUUCCCUUUCCAGUAUAUCAAGAUCAAAAUAUUUAAACAUCCCUGAAUUGCCAAUAUUAGAACAGAGGAAUCAGCAUGAAAUCUAUGGAAAAGUUCAACAGGGACCAUCUGAAUACUGUGACAAAGAAGUUUCCAGUGUGAACUCAGAGCUGGGAAAUGAAGUUUGGGAUGACUUUGAUGACGAAAGCUUACUGGAAGUCAUGAGCCUUUCAGCUGAUGCUGAGAAGACAGCUGUAUCAGGAUUUGGACAUACUCAUGAUUCAAGUCUUGGUGGAAGUAAGCUACCCUUCCAAAAGUCAAGCAACAGAUUCCAAAGAGACAUCUCAAACAGUUUUGUUUCAUCACCUGAGAAGACAGAUGUUCAUUUACCAGAUUGCUCCAUGUCCAACUUUGGGCCGUCCUCUGUGGCAGAGUUCCCGCAACAAGCUGGAAAUGCAAGUCUUGUCAAUUUACAAGAGAGAAGACAGCCGACUCUCUCACCAGUGAUUGAGAGAAUGUGCUUUACUAAGAAAAUACCACAGUCUCCCAAUUUUAAGGAAGUGGAUAUUUUUAUUGGAAACAGCGGCUCUAAACAGGAAAUUGAUCUUAGUAAGUAUUAUCCUGAUGAUCCAGCUGAAGAAAUGAAAGCUCUUCUGGGAAUAUUUAAUGGCAUUUUCUAA